AUGGGCUUUUCCUCUCCUGCCCAGUUAAUCCCACAGUGGGGAUUCUUGCUUGUCAUAGAUAGAGCAUUAAACUUCUUUGUCUAUCCUUCUGAACCUUCUUGGAGUUUCCCUCAGGCUAACCACAGCUCAGCGGAGCUCUUCCUGCUGCUGGGUUUCACCGACUGGCCCUCGCUGCAACCCGUCCUCUUCGCACUAGUCCUUUUCUGCUACCUACUAACGCUGACCGGCAACGCGGCGUUGGUGCUGCUGGCCAUUCGCGACCCUCGCCUACACAUACCCAUGUACUACUUCCUCUGCCACUUGGCCUUGGUGGAUGUCGGCUUCACCACCAGUGUGGUGCCGCCGCUGCUGGCCAGCCUGUGCGGCCCGGUGCUGCAGCUACCGCGCGGCGGGUGCAUGGCACAGCUGUGCGCAUCGCUGGCCCUAGGCUCAGCCGAGUGCGUGCUGCUGGCGGUUAUGGCGCUGGACCGCGCUGCUGCCGUAUGCCGCCCGCUGCGCUACGCCGCACUCGCCUCGCCGCGCUUGUGCCGCGCACUGGCCAGCGUCUCCUGGCUUGGUGGCCUGGUCAACUCUGCUGCACAGACCGCCUUAUUGGCCGCACGUCCGUUGUGCGCGGCCCGCCGUCUGGACCACUUCAUCUGCGAACUGCCGGCGCUGCUGCAGCUAGCCUGUCGCGGCGGCCGCAGCGCCACCGAGCGCCAGAUGUUCGCCGCGCGGGUGGUCAUCCUGUUGGUGCCUUCUGCGGUCAUCCUGGCCUCCUACACCGCUGUGGGCCGCGCGGUCUGGGGUAUGCGCUCCCGCGCAGGCCAGCGAAAAGCGGCGAGCACCUGUGGCUCUCACUUGACAGCUGUCUGCCUAUUUUAUGGCUCUGCCACCUACACCUAUCUGCAACCCACGCAUAGUUACAACCAGGGUCGCGGCAAGUUCGUCUCGCUCUUCUACACGGUGGUCACACCUGCGCUCAAUCCCCUCAUCUACACACUGCGGAACAAGGAAGUGAAGGGGGCGGCGUUGAGGUUCUUGCGGAGUCUGGGGAGGCAGCCGGUCAGACAGUGA